AUGACUACCGAGACCUUCCUCACGCCACAUGGCGAUAGCACGGCGCCGCCUGCUUCGCCAACAAUCAACGGCACCCUCAAGGCCAAGGGCAUUGUAGUCUUCUCUGGCGGUAGCGCUGCCAACAACUUGGUAGAUGUGUUCAAGACGCUGAGGGAGGACAAGAAGUGCCCGCUCAGCUAUGUUAUCCCUAUCAGCGAUAACGGUGGCAGCUCAUCGGAGCUGAUACGCGUCUUUGGGGGCCCUGGUAUUGGCGACGUGCGAAGUCGUCUCGUUCGUCUUAUCCCAGAUGAUCCAGAUCACGACGACAGCGAAAAAGCUGCCAUUAAAACAUUCUUCAACCACCGACUGCCCAAAGAACGUUCUUCUGCUCGAGAGGAGUGGCUGCAGAUUGUAGAGGCUGAACAUCCACUAUGGACUAACAUUUCCACAGCGAAGAAAGAGCUAGUGCGAUCGAUGCUGAAUGUUGUCGCCUUUGAGAUUAUCAAGCGCCGGCGCCCUUCAUCCAGUUUUGACUUUUCUGGCGCAAGUAUCGGAAAUUUGUUUUUGACUGGUGCUCGACUCUUCACCGGGUCAUUCGAAUCAGCCAUCUAUCUACUUUCUAGCAUCUGCUCAGUACCCAGCCACACAUCUGUUCUCCCCGCAAUCAACACCAACUUCACGCACCACAUUUCCGUCGGCCUCGCAAAUGGCGAAGUAAUCACUGGCCAAAACUCAAUAUCUCAUCCCUCUAUUUCAACAGCUCUAGUAUUCGGCGGCGCACCCACAGAGAUUGACGAGACAGAGCAUCAUGACCGCAUCGAGGACGCCAACCUACCUGGCUCUCUUCCCUCGCUCCGAAAGCAAUACAUCACCUUUUCCAAAGCCGAUGAAGAGGAAUUACCCGCAAGAAUCGAAAGGCUGUGGUACAUUAACCCCUACGGCCAGGAGAUCCGUCUCUCGGCAAACCCCAUGGUACUCAACUCAUUGAAGGACGCGCAGAGUGUCAUCUACAGCAUUGGCUCUCUCUACACGUCCAUCAUCCCCUCGCUCGUUCUGAAAGGAGUCGGCGAAGCAAUAAGCAACCCCUCAAUUCGCUACAAGAUCCUCAUCCUCAACUCAACCAUUGACCGCGAGACUGGCCCGUCGUCAAACCCGUACUCGGCGCUCGACUUUGUGGCUGCCAUCGCCAAAGCAGGGGAAGAGUCAAAAGGCGUAUUUGGGGCUCCGGAAAAGGCAAAGUACAAGAACUACGUCACGCAUGUGAUUCAUCUGCAAGGUCCGGGGACGCCGGCCGUCGACAAAGACGAGCUCAGACGCAUUGGCAUUGAGGCCAUCCGUGUGUAUGGGCGACGAAACCAGGGCGAGGGCUUCGUGAGGUAUGAUGAGAGGGGCUUGAUCCAGGCGCUGGAGGUUACCAUGGGCAAGAGGGAUCCGAGGGUGCCUAGUAGGCGGAACACGCUAGAGGGGCCGGCGCGAUAA